UCGCAUGGUCGCGGAGGCGCAGGAAAUAUCAAUAACAAGCCGCCAGCGAAGCUCGAUGCAGAGGACUUGAAGACGCCGACGAUCAAGUCUAGCUUGUAUACCACUGGACGUGGAGGUUCAGGCAACAUGGCCAAAAACAACCCCGCCAACGCAGCCGAAACGCGCGCAGCACAAGACGUCGAAGCGCCAGCUCACCAUAUCAAAGACAUGCAAGGGACCUACCACUGGGGUCGUGGUGGUGAGGGGAAUAUGACGACUCUUGGCAAGUCAGGAGCGCAAGAAGCUCGCGAGAAAUCCAAAGAACGACGAGCGUUGAAAGAGAGGACAGCAAGCUCUGGAUCAAACGGGGGCAAGAAUCGAAGACCUAGCUUCCAGAGCGCGCUCAGCAAGGGUAAAGAGAUGCUUGGGUUGGGAGGUAAGAAG